AGAAGGUGCCGCAUACACACUUUUGCGUGUGGCACAUUCACAUCCUAGCGCGAUAAGCGUCGGUCUGAUAUUCGUCCACGGGUUCACCUGAUUGGCUGCCUUAGAGCCACUGAAGGUUAUUAGAGCUGCAUAUCCUACGUAACCGUUGUCAAGGCAUAACAAGCAGAGACAUCCUUACAUCUCUUGACUUGUACUCAGAGGUCAUUUGGAUUAUUAUCACGAAUCCCUUUUGUCACUACACACUGUUUUCACAAACAUAUUCCUGAUCUUGGUAGCGACGAUGCCUCGAAACACUGCGGGUCUUCAUGAGAAGGCUGGGCUUCUCGGUCAUGAACAUUCAGCUUAUAGUCAUCCGACAUCCGAGAGUUGGGGAGAAAAGAGGCAGUUCGCUAGAGCAAGUAACAGAGCGAAUAAUGGGUUCAGGCGGCUACCUCUUUCACCACGUCGUCCUAGAUCACUCGGCAUCUUCGUUGCAAUCCUUUUCUUCGUGUGGUGGUCAGUGUUUGCAAUACCAAGUCUGCUUUCAUUCAAUCAACCAACAGAAUCGGAGGACGAUGGUGAUGCAUCCGAGUGGUCUUUUGACGAAGUACGUCAAAUUUUGAACACUCAUCGUCUCAAGACUAAUUAUCUUUCAGAUUACACCUAGCGAGAAACUGGAAUGGCAUCCAUGUUAUAGAGAUAUUGGAACAUACAAAUGUGCCCGUCUGACGGUUGCCAUGGAUUAUCAUCGUCCUUUGAAUGCCUCACCGGAUAAUCCCAAGGUCCACGUUGCACUUUUGCUAGUUCCAGGAAUCCAUACUGGCCCAAAACCUUAUUCAAUGUCACCGCUCUUGAUCAAUCCCGGUGGCCCAGGAGGAUCAGGAACAUUUGCCGCACUCUAUCUUGGAAAAGCACUACAAACAAUAGUUGGCGUAGACCAAGAUAUCAUUGGCUUCGACCCUAGAGGAAUCGGUGCCACUACACCUCGAGCUGACUGUUUUUCAUUUCCAAUUGAUGAUGAUCAUGAGCAAGAGGACUACGUCAGUGGAGCCUUUCAUCGAGAUGUUUGGACCCUUUCUGGUAGAGAAUUGGGUCUGAUAAAUUCCAGUUCUGAGUCAUUGAAGAAAAUUGAUGUCAGAGCCAGAGCUAAGGCAAGACUUUGCGAGCAGAAGGAUAAUCUAAAAGGAGAUGAUAGUAUUUUCCGUCAUAUCAGCACACCAACCGUUGCUAGAGAUAUGAUAAUUAUUGUGGAUGCUUGGGAUGAAUGGGCCGAGAGUUUGGAUGUGGAUGAUGAAAUGGUUGACGAUGAAGCCACAUCCAAAGACACCAAUAAUCUCGAUACCAAGGGAAAGUUGGUUUACUGGGGUUUCAGUUAUGGGGUAGGUUUAUUUUUCUUCAAGCUGACACUUAAUUAACACCUAACAGACCCUUCUUGGUGCUACCUUUGCGUCAAUGUUUCCUGAUAGAGUCGGCCGCGUCGUCCUUGAUGGCGUAUGUGAUGCCGAUUAUUACGUUGGUCCAGGUUGGAAAGGAAGUCUUCGAGACACAGAUGCAGUGUCCAACUCCUUCUCCCAAUACUGCCACCAAGCUGGAAGAAAGUGUGCAUUAUGGAGAAAGGGCGACUCUGUUGAAGAUGUGGACAACCGUCUCCAACAAGUUAUGAUCAGUAUUAAGGACGAACCCAUCACACUCAUCGACCCAAAUUCCAAGGUUCCACUAAUCAUCACUAACGAAGAUUUCAGAUCGCUCAUGUUCGUCAUAUUAUAUUCGCCUACAGCAAACUUCCACAUUUUGGCCAUGGUAGCAGACUUGCUUUAUCGCGGCUUGUACGACAUUUUAGAGCAAAUUUUCAAGGUUUCAUUGGAUCUACAACCCUUCUGCGGUGCAGCUCCUCCAGCAAUGUCUUAUCCCAACGAAGCACAACUCGCUAUUAUGUGCAGCGAUAAGCGAUAUGUUGUAAGUUCUUCACUCGCUCUUCACUACACAUUCAGCAUUUAACAUAAAUACUCAGCUCAACGAAACACUUCCAAACCUAGAAUCUCUCUACGAAGAACUAGCCACAAAGUCUUCAUGGGCCGAUAUAUGGAUGACACUAAUGAUAGGUUGUGACAGAUGGAGAAUCAAAGCAAUAGAUCCGCCCAUGCGCUGGGACGAUAAUCCAGCUCACGCUCCCAAACCCAUCAAAACUUCUUUCCCUCUGCUCUUUAUCGGCAACACCGCGGAUCCUGUCACACCUCUUCAUGCAGCUUUCAAAAUGGCUGGCAAGUUCGAAGAAUCAGGCCUCAUUGAGCAGGAAUCAGAAGGUCAUUGCAGUCUAGCCGCUGUGUCAUUGUGUACGAUGGGGAAGGUACGAUCUUAUUUCCGUGAUGGUGUUGUACCGACUGUUCCUUCUGAGGCAGAGGGGAAGUGGGAUAAAUGUAAAGCUGAUGAGUGGCCGUUUCAUCGAUUUGGUGAUCCGGAUGUGCAAGCGCAAAGGGGGGAUGCGGUUGACGUUGCUGAAGUCGACCUGUUGAAUGCUGCUGUUGAUAUGCAGAAAGCCUUUUACAAGGAAGCGAAAUUCUGGGGACAUGAUUUACAGAAUAGCUUGUUGACUGGACUUGAUUUGGAGAGGGUUGAGGAGGUUUACAGGGGUAGCGUUCAUGAGAGAGAUGAGAUUUAAAUGAGGCUAUUGGCGCAUCCUUGAGACGCAUAUUAUCUUAGGGUAAGUUUAGGAGUAUUGAACAAGGUCUUUGUGGUGUAGGUGUUGGAGUCAUUUGGGAUGCGAUACCUUCUCUUAGUUAUCUAGCGUACUUGGUCUCAUUAUUUGUUCUGAUGAAUUAUGAUCCUCAUUCCACAACAGACGCAGGCAGAAUCACCGGGACUCUAGUGGAUGUUAUAUUGGAA